AUGCCUCCACUGGCCGAUAUCGCCCAAAGAGCCACCGUCACUGGCCUCGCUGGCCUUGGGAUCUGGGGCCUCUGGCUUACAGGCGCCGUAUGGAAGAGCAGGAGGGGCGAAGGAGCGUUCCCAAAUGAGCCGCCUUCGUCGCUGCCACCUCAAGGCAGCCAAGGCGGGGCAGACCAUCCAAUGCACCAUGACGGGAAGAAACACGUCGUCUGA